ACCUCAUCUUUUUGUACUUUUCUGGCUGCUAGGAGUAGAUUUCACUCUCCCUUUUCUGCUGUGACCGAAGACUCUCUCUCUCUCUCUCUCCAUAAAACCUGCAUCUGAGAGCAUGUACACCUAGGUAAACAUGUAAUUUUAGCUAUUUUAACUAGGAUAAGGGACAAAACUGCUCUGCACCAGUCUCGGUAAACUCCAACGUAAAAUACAUCUGAGAAAAAACGAAGAAAAGCUAGGUCCGGCGAUUUGGGUUUCUCUCGAACGAAGAAAGGCUGGGUCUCUGUCUCUGCUGUUCGCCGGAAUCAAGCAUUCAACGGAGAAAGGCUUGGGUACGGACCGUCCGGUUCCGGCGACCUCGAUCGCGAUCUCAGUGAUUGAAAAGUCUUUUUUUGGAUCUGCGAAUCUCCCAUGGCCGGCGUUCGCAGAGACGGAUCGCUGAUGAGGGAGAAAGGCGGUCAUUCUUUCCGCGGGUCUCGAAUUGCCGCCGCUGUUGCGAUCGGAGUAUUACUUGGCUGCGUCUGCGCCUUCGCGUUCCCCAACGGAUUCUUCUCCCCUGCUCCCUCGAUGCGGAAUCGCCGAAUCUCCAAAUCAGAUCUUGAGAUUGGUUCGUUGUCGUGUGAAUCCUCGGAAAAGAUUAGCAUGUUAAAGACAGAUAUGAUGAGGCUAACAGGGAAGAAUGCUGAGUUGAAGAAGCAAGUAAGAGACCUAACAGAGAAGUUAAGGCUCGUUGAACAGGGAAAAGGUCAUGCUCAGGAACAAUAUGUGGUGUCUGGCGAACAGCCCAAAGCUGGGCCUUUUGGUACAGUCAAGAGUUUGAGAACCCUCCCUACUGUACUUCCUGAUGAAUCAGUGAACCCUAGAUUGGCAAAACUUUUGGAGAAAGUUGCUGUGAGAAAGGAACUCAUAGUUGCGCUUGCUAAUUCUAAUGUGCAAUCAAUGUUAGAGGUAUGGUACACUAGUAUAAAAAAAGUGGGUAUACCUAAUUACCUUGUGGUGGCGUUGGACGAUGGAAUUGCUAAUUUAUGUCAAUCAAACAGUGUUCCAUUUUAUAAGAGAGAUCCAGAUGAGGGCAUUGACAGUGUUGCAAAAACGGGAACUAACCAUGCCGUUUCAGGAUUAAAGUUUCGAAUAUUAAGAGAGUUUCUACAGUUGGGUUACAGUGUUCUUUUGUCUGAUGUCGAUAUAGUGUACUUGCAAAAUCCAUUUGACCACCUACAUCGCGAUUCAGAUGUAGAGUCCAUGUCUGAUGGCCACAAUAACGUGACUGCUUAUGGAUACAACGAUGUCUUUGAUGAACCUGCUAUGGGUUGGGCUAGAUAUGCUCACACGAUGCGGAUAUGGGUUUACAAUUCUGGUUUCUUUUAUAUAAGGCCCACAAUUCCUUCGAUUGAGCUUUUAGAUCGUGUGGCAGAGCGGCUUUCCCGUCCACCUCCUGCAUGGGACCAGGCUGUCUUCAACGAGGAGCUCUUUUUCCCUUCACAUCCUGGGUACAUUGGACUUCAUGCUGCUAAGAGGACAUUGGAUAUGUAUCUCUUUAUGAAUAGUAAGGUUCUAUUCAAGACUGUACGAAAAGACGCUAAGCUUAAAAAGCUGAUGCCGGUAAUUGUGCAUGUGAAUUAUCAUCCUGAUAAGCUUCUGAGAAUGAAAGCAGUUGUUGAGUUCUAUGUUAAUGGCAAGAAAGAUGCGUUGGAUCCCUUCCCUGAUGGUUCUGAUUGGUAGAGAUCUUUGAUCCACGUAAUGUUUGGUGGAUAUAGGUAGUCUAAAACUGAUUACAAUUUUAUUGGAGCAAUGUGUAACAUAUAAACCUCUAUCCUUUCCCAUGUUCUCUAUUUCCGAAUUUUGCAACCAUCCAAUUUUCUUUAUCUUGAACACCUUGUUAUUGGUAAACAGAUGUGCUAUGUAUUGUAUACAGUUGUUUAUGAAAGACUUACUGUUUCCUUGA